AUGAGAAUAAGAAUAGGAAUUAAAGUAGAACUUUGGAUAUGGAUAUUUAUAUAUGGUGUAAUACUUCCAACUAGGAGUUAUUUAUCUGUUGAAUUGCAUGGAUCAAUGAAUAUGCAUGGGUACUAUUUUGUAGAUGUAUAUAUUGGAACUCCUACUCAAAAACAAAGUUUAAUUAUUGACACUGGUAGCUCACAUAUUGGUUUUUCUUGUGCAACAUGCUUACAGUGUGGCAAACAUGAUGUCCAACCAUAUAAUUUAAGUAAGUCUACUACAGCAAAGUGGUGUAAUUUAAGUGAAAAUAAUCAUAAUAUAUGCAAAUAUGUCCAAAUAUAUAAUGAAGGUAGUAUUGUAUCUGGAGAAUAUUUUGAAGAUAUUUUGAGUUUUGAAGAGCCUAAUUCAGAUGUUAAGUAUUUUUUUAAUGGAUUUAGAAUGCACUAUAAUAAACUUGGGUGCCAUGAAAUUGAGACUCAACUUUUUAUAAAUCAAAAUGCAUCUGGUAUAAUGGGUUUGGGAAUAAGAAAUAAGGACUUACAAGACAAUUUUAUUAAUUUCCUUCUGCUCUCUGUGAGUAGAUAUUAUGAAAAUGAAAAUUCAGAUAUAAUAUUAUCUCUAUGCUUAUUAAAAGAUGGUGGUAUUAUGAAUAUUGGUAGAUAUAAUGAUGAUAUAAUUGAAUUUGAUCCAGAAAACAAUAUAGAGAUAAAGAAUCAAAUUCUUUGGAUACCAUUGGUAUUGGACACAAGCGUCUAUAGAAUAAAAUUAGAAAUAAUAAUGAAAAGUUCAGAUAUCUUGUGGGCCUUUGGUAAUACAGAAGAUGCUAUAGGAGUAGUAAUUGAUACUGGAUCUACAUUUUCUCAUUUUCCAAAAAGUAUAUACAAAUUAAUAAGAAAAAACUUUGAUCAAUUAUGCACUGCUAUUGAUCAGAAAUUUGGUACAUGUCGAAUAGUACAUGAUAUUUUGUGCUGGACUAACAUUAAAGACAUAAAUAACAAAUUCCCAAAUAUAACAAUGAAAUUUCUUGGACAACCAAAUUAUAUUACAUGGACAUACCAUUCUUAUUUAUAUAAGACUAAUAGUGGACUUUGGUGUCUUGCCAUAGAGGAACACAAAUUUCAAUCAUAUGAGGACGAUAUUAUUUUAGGUAUGAGUUUUUUAAAAAAUAGACAAAUAAUAUUAGAUCCAAAAAAUAGAAUGAUAGGAAUAAAUUCCUUAUUAUUAAAACAAUGUAAAAAAAAUAGAGAUUGGAUUAGAAAUAAGGAAUCAAAGUACAAGUCAAAUUUGGAACUUGGAUACAAUCUGUUUGGUAUAAUCUCAACAAUAUACUUAAUUUGA